UGUUCAAUCUUUUGCAGGUUGAUCCAGACUUUGUAGCAGAUCUAGCAGAGGGAGAGUUAAGAACUGAACUCUUUAAUAGACAAGGUGGAGGUCAACCUUAUGCAGAUCAGGAUGGUAGCGGGGCCUCGACUCCUCAUCCUGUUAACUAUGCUGUCUCGCCAAGAGAGCUGAGAUUGCGGCUGCACGAAGUUCUCCAAUCACAACUAGAAGAACGGGUCAAGGAGCUUGAGAUGUCACUUCAGAAUAAUGAAAGGAAAGUUCGGUAUAUGGAAGCAGAGCUUGCAAGUUCUUGGAGGGACUCCUCAAACAGUGAAGGGGGCUCUUCUUCCCCCCACGGUAGUCCUAUAGCUAAAGCUGAACAACGUACAGCAGACCAGCCAGUGGCAAUCAAUUUAUGCGGAGAUGCUUUAGAUGCAUAUAACGAGGCUUAUGAUGUGUUCACAAGGUUAAGUUCAGAGGAGGAGGAUGUUGCUGUUGCAUCAGGAGUUAAGGACAUCAACCACCAAGAAAUCUCGCGUUCACGCGAGCAUAACUUUGACUGGAAUGAAAAUGAUGGGAUGAGUGAUGAUGAGAUGGAAAAGUUGUUAAUUAGGCAUCUUGUGGAGAAAGCCAGGAAAGGCUCUCCAGCAGUUUUAAAUGUGCAGAGAGCAUUGUUCUCCCUUGAUGAUAAUGAACAUUGAUACAUUCACAACAUAUAGAUAUAGUAAAAGGGGAUAAAUUUUUUUGCAGUUAAUUGACUGCUUUCAUGAACA